CGCCUUCAACGGCACAAUCUAUGAACGAAAUCAUUAGAGCUCCUUGAAAACUGCGAGAGAGACACUGAUGGGUGCAGACAUGAUGUGAACACAGGAGAUUCCGUGUUUGAACAAGGAAGGAGUUGCUACGAGCCACAUGUCAGUGUGGUUCGUGUGAACCACUGUGUGUGACCUGACUGUACAACCAUGGCAAGAGCUGCUGUGACUAAACUUCUCCUACUGGUUUUCCUCGCCUUCAUCAUCUGCCUGCCAGAGUUAUUCAGGAUAUACUCAGUUUCAAAGGUGAAUUUCCACUGUCUUCCCCACCGACCUUACGAACCGAUGCAUCAGGAACGGAAAGGGGGAAAUGUGCAGCCAAUAAAGAGUAAAGAUAAAAGAAAGGCCAUCUGGAAUCCUACUUCAAGUCCAGAACUUGAACAGUUGGAGGAGAUCUGUGCACAAGAGGGCAAAGGAAACACAGCAGGUUUACAUCCUGAAACGCAGAAUGUCCAAGGAGAUUCAAGGUCAGACUUGUUCAUGUGUGAAACAGACAAGAACAUGGAGGAACUUCGCAGCCACCUCUCAUCACCAGCUCUGGUGGUACUUCUGGAGGUGUCAGUUGUCUUUCAAGUGAACGACACCGAGGCCGUGAAUCAUACUUUGUUUGGCUACAGCGGUCAGAGGUCCCUGUACCUCCAACCACCUGAAGAGGAGGAAGACCCAAUGGGUGACAAAGCAAGUCAGGGACAGGCUUUCUACUGCUGUCUUCCUCUCAAUCAAUCAUCCAACUCGGCCAAUCAAAGCCGCUGCCUCCUUUGGCUCGCCAAUCAAACUGUUUUGACAGGAACAGAAACAGAAAGGCUGUCAUGGAAACAGGCAGAUGGAGGAUGGUGCAGCUACAGGUGGACCUUUCUGGUUCUGGUGUGUGUGGUGUUCCUGAUUGUUGUUGCAACUGUGAUUGGAAAAAUCUAUCUGGGGACACGCUUAAACUAUAAAACUAUUGUGCAUCCCAUUGAGUACCAGCCUCCCAAUUGGCAGUUAAAAGAAACAGCGUACCAUUUAAAUCGACGUCAGUCUUGGCCUGCAGAAAUGAGGUACCAUUUGAAUCGGCUUCAGUCUUGGCCUGGACUUUCGCCCAUUCUGGAAACUGAAAGCAGAGAGAACAUUGAAACUUUGCUGAAUGGAAAUCCACCUAGCUGCUAUACAGAAAAUCCUUCAUCAUCGCCGCCGUCCUCCUACCUCCUCCCUCAUAGAAGAACAGCCGUGCUGACAGACGUGCAACAAAAGGAGCACAGAAGUUGUCUUAAGUCACACUAAGGCAAGAAAGCAAAGAGACUCCAUCACCUCAAGGCCUGCUUUGUAGACACACAUACAGCAUGCAAAGAUCACCAGUGUUUAUUAUUAAAACCUCCCCAGUGAAGUUUGAUGGAUUUUACAAGCCAUUCUUUGGACAUGUCAAUGGAUUAGAGACACUUGGAGUACAGAUGUUGUUGCUUGAGAUUCGCCAUCUGAAAGCGGACCAGCGGGUGAUAUGCUGCUUCUCCAAAAAGACUUCUUAAAGCCCUUCAACCCACUCAGGCCAUUUAUGCCUGUUUGAAGCUUUAUGCAAGUUAUUCAGAGGUAAUCAAAGGACUCAAAUGCCAAACAACAGAAAAAACCAAAUCUUAAAUCCCCUGCUAAUUUAGAAACCAUUCUGCUUUAGUAUGGUCCCUGUUCUUAGUUGAUUCUGAGAAAAGACAGAAAGUCAUUGUCCAGGUUAGCCUUAACUCUGAUAUAUGAAAGAUACAUUCUCUACUCUUUUCCUUUCUAUGUCUCUUUUCAAAUUGUUUUAGUCAGUAAAAGUCCAGGAUGAGCCAGCGUAUAUUUCUUCCAUACAAUUCUCUGCUGUUUUAUAACAUUACUUGCUUUUGUCAUGUCUAUACUUUUGAAAGCUGAAUAACAAUUCCCCAUAAAACUAACAGUCUUGAGUCAGUAGAAACAAAAAUGUCAAAGAAGUGGUCGAAAUGCAUUUGUUUCUUGCAUUUCUUUACCAUUGUUUCCUGAAAAUGCCUCCAAAACUGAACAGUUUCUCUCAGGUGAACCUGAGCUAUCACUCUUCAUAUUGUUGAAAAUAGUGCACAGCUUUACACAAAGUGUGUUUGUUGUAAAUGUGUUUGUACUUUACCUUUAACCAAUGCUGUGAGCAAAUUUGAACUGCAAAGAGUGAAUGCAGUGAAACAUGCUGUACAUAUUCAGCAUCUUGUCCUCGUUUACCUCACUAAAUACAGUAAUGUGUAGCUGAACUGUAGAUUUCAAAUGGCUAAACAAAUAAAUACUGUAUGGUGCUUUCUUUGA